AUGAGUAGCGAAGCAGGCGAGGCGAGCCGACCCGCCAACAUCAGCCGCGAUGGCGAAAAGAUUGUCGAUAUGGAAUACUAUGAGCUACUGGGCGUGCGUGGCGACGCGACGGAGCUUGAACUGAAGAAAGCGUAUCGCAAAGCCGCCAUCAAGAAUCACCCAGACAAGGGUGGUGACGAAGAGACGUUCAAGGUGAUUGGUGAGGCGUACCGUGUGCUGAGCGACUCGAAUGAGCGUGCGACGUACGACAAGUACGGCAAGAAGAAGCCGACCGACGAAGUAGGCCUGAAGGAGGCCACAGAGAUGUUUGGCAACCUGUUUGGUGGUGAGCGCUUUGUCGACCUGAUUGGCGAAAUUAGCCUGAUUCGGGACUUUGGUCGCGCCUCGGAAAUUAUGAUGACAGACGAGGAGCGCGAAGAGAUGGAGCGCCAGAUGAACGAGCACCUCAAAAAGUCGCCCGAGACGGUCACCGGUGCUGCGGCGCCGGAGGACGAGUCGGCUGCUGCAGCCGCCACCACGUCGACCAAGCAUGAGCGCCACAAGCACAAGCUCACAGCCGAGCAGCGCGAGAAGCUCGAGGCGUUUGAGCACGAAAAAGCCGAAAAGGAACAGAAGCGCAUUGCAGACUUGACCGAGAAGCUCAAAGACCGCAUUCGACCGUAUGUCGAUGCGCGUCAUCCCGGCGCGGACGAUGACUCGGAGACGCAGUUGUUUAUCAAGCGCAUGAGCGAGGAGGCCGAAGACUUGAAGCUCGAGUCGUUCGGUGUCGAGUUGCUGCACACGAUCGGCAGUGUGUACCUGACCAAGAGCCAUACGUGGCUCAAGACGAAGCGCGGCAACUUUUUGGGCGUGCCGGGCUUUUGGAGCCGCCUCAAAGAGCGCGGUGGUAUGAUCAAGGAGACGUGGAAUGUGAUGGGCAGUGCCGUGAAUGUACAGAUUGGUAUGGAAGAACUCGCCCGUCGACAGGAAAAGGGUGAUCUAUCGGAGGCCGAGCUGCAGCAGCUUGAGCAGGACGUGAAUGGCAAGAUGCUGCUGGCCACAUGGCGCGGCACGCGUUGGGAGGUCACGGGCGUCCUGCGCCGUGUGUGCGACAAUGUGCUGAACGAAAAGGGCGUGAGCGACAAGGUGCUCAUCCAGCGCGCCCGCGCUGUUGCUCUGCUUGGAUCGAUUUACAGCCGCGUCGAGCCCGACGAGUCGGACGAUGAGCGUCGCGAGCUGGAGCAUCUCGUGGCUCAGGCCGCGCAGAAGAAGAAGAAGAAGAGCAAGCGCAGCGUGAGUGGCGGCGGCAUCCACCGGUCCUAG